AUGGCUGCAGAAGAGACGGAAAAGAAGACCGUGUAUGCUUCGGAAGACAGAGAGGCUGCCAGGGAAGCACUGAAGCUGCUCAAGGAUGCCUACGAGAAAUCGCUCAAGCUUUCCAGUCCACAGGUCGCAGAAGAGAUUCGAGGUCGAGUCAAUCAAAGAAUUCGUGAAUUGGACAAUGCAAAUAUAGCAUUAGAGGAGUCAGCGAUGGAGGGCUAA